AUGACGUCACUCGCAAGACCGACCUUCCCGCUUGGUGCUGCCACACACCGACUGGCGAAGCAAGCUACCUAUGGCCGUGGGGGCUAUACCGCUACCGCCGCGGCGAAUAGUCCCGCCCUGCGGUACCAAACCGGCGGCGGUGUGGGCCGCUACUCGACGGCGACGUCUCCGUCCGCGAAGCCACUCUCGCUCUAUACCUGGCGCACGCCCAACGGCCGCAAAGUCUCCAUCUUCCUCGAGGAACUCAAGGCACAGUACGGCCUCGCGUACGAAGCGCACCCGGUGGACAUCUCAACAGGCGUGCAGAAGGAGCCGUGGUUCACGCGCCUGAACCCGAACGGGCGCAUCCCCGUGCUCGUCGACGCCAACCGCCCCAGCCCCGGCGGCGAUGGGCACGCGGUGUUCGAGUCGGGCGCGAUCCUGCUGUACCUCGCGCAGCACUACGACACGCUGCGCAAGUUCGCCGCGGACGCGCAGGCGGACCCGGAGACGUACAGCGAGGUGCUGCAGUGGAUCUUCUUCACGCACGGCGGCAUCGGGCCUAUGCAGGGACAAGCGGGCCACUUCGUGCGGGCGGCCCCAGAGGACAUCCCGUAUGCGAAGAAGCGGUACAUCGACGAGACGAAGCGGCUGUAUGGUGUCCUCGAUGCGCGCCUGGCGGGCAGGGAGUGGCUGGCGGGGCGCGACGGGGGGACGUACAGCAUCGCGGACAUGAACGCGUUGCCAUGGGUGAGCGUGCACGGGUUCGUCGAAAUCGAGACGCUGGAUGAGUGGCCGAACGUUAAGGCGUGGGUCGAGCGGGCGAUGGAGAGGCCCGCGGUGAAGGCGGGGAUGCAGGUGCCAUAGAUCGGCGUCCGGGGGCUCGGACGUACUUAUGGCCCUGUCGCGCGCAUCGCGGAUCGUCCGCCCUUGCGCAGGGCAAGGAUCAACGGGUGGAAGGGGUCGAGAUCGUGAUACGUACGUUAUAGAAGUAUCGUUUACUUUGUGCUGCGUUCUGCGUACCCUGUAGACAGGUCAGAAGCAGAGGCGGGUUGAAUCACACUGACAGGUGUUCUGUCG